AACUCAAAUAUUAGAUUUCAAAAUUAUUAUUUUUCUGUCAUUCUUUCUCAAAAUAAAUCCAUUAUAUAGAUAUGCAUGAAGUCAGGGGCGUAUCCAGGAAUUUGUCCGUGGGGGGGGGACACUGUACACCAACAGGGCCCUCCCUCUGAAUAUACACUUCUGCAUAAAACACGUUUCUUAUCGCAAAUGUAGUCUGUCUAGAUUGGUUAGGUUUGCGAAAAGUUAAAUAAAAGACCAAACAAGAUGGAGAUUGAUGCUUGAUCUUGUAAUUCACAAAAGUUUAAACCUCUUUUUUUGUAUUUCUUUGCUUGUCAGUUGUCUGUUUGUAUCCAAUAAACGUCAAAACAGCCGAACUGAUCGGGUUCAACUUUUGUGCUGCAACGAACAUAACCCCAGGACAGGUCUAGAUGGUUGAUCAAAUUUCAAAAAUUUUGUCGAAAUCAUUUUUUUUGAAAAUUGCCGCUUGAAGAGCUAGAGGUAUAACAGCUAAAAGUAUAGACCUAUAAUUGUGGAACGAGUGUAUAUUUUUUCCUUUCUACGAUAUUUCAUUUACAGCAGAAAACUUAAAAUGGAAGACGACUGGAUAUUUGAUUCGUUGAUUGGAUUUCUCCGUGGACCGGUCUGGAAUGUUCCAAUUCUCACUUACAUCGAGCACAAGUCUUUAGUUUUUGAGCCUGGUGAGGAGAACGAUGAAGAAUAUGAAAAAAUCCACGAAGAAUACAAAAACUUGGUUGAUUUUAUGCUUGGUAGCUAUAUGGAUGAUAUGGGUAUCAACGCUGAUCAGUUUGAAGAAGCUUGUGCUAAAGGAAAAGCUGGGAUUAAGACGCAGUUCCAACAAAUGCUUUUUGAACAGGUGUGGGCUGCUGAUGAUUUUGUGAUCUUCAAGCGAAUGAUGAUUCAAAAAAAUAUUGAACUCCAGCUUCAGGCUUUAGAGCUAAUUCAACAAAGGUACGGAAUACUCCCUGCCGUGCUGCAGCCUGGUGGGGAUGAGGAAGAUGAAGGGGAUGAGGGGGAUGUGUCUAACAAGAGUGAGAAUAGGCUUAUGCGGGAAAUUGUCAGAGUAGGGAGUGUGAAUCCAAUUCAGAAUACAAAUACGAAAAGUUCAGGAAAAAGCCUUGAGAGUACAUUGAAAGGUUUUGCAACAAAUUUCCCGAGAUCAAAGUUAAAAAUACCUUCUUCAAAUGAUGAAGCUACGAAUAAACCGAAGUCAGAAGAAGAUAUAUUUCAAACGGUUCUUAGGCACUCUAAAGCCGAGCAUGAAGCCCUUGUUGCUGCUUUAAAUGACGAGGAGGCAGAACUUGAGAAGGCCCUAGCAGGUAGUGUGGAUGAACUUAACAGACUAGAAGCCGAAAAAAAAAAUCAGGAGGCCAUAUUCGUAGAGCAUUUGAAGAAUGCAAAUGUGACUAAUACUGCAGCUCUUGGACUUGGAGAAAUUGCUUCACCGAUAACCCUGCCCGAUCCUACAGAGGAGGUUGACCCUGUAGAGCUAGAAAAGCGCACAGCGUUCCUUCGUGCGCAGCGGGACAAACUUCUUGAACUCAAGCGCGUAGAGAGAGAGAAACAGCUGGCGCAGGCAGAGGUCACUCAUGCCCAGGUAACAAAACCAGACCCUGGAAGUCAGGAAAGCUCUGGCAAAGAAACUCUUGGAUGA